AUGAAGCUCCUGGCUCUCCCCCUCUUCUGCGCCCUCCUCAACGCCCCAGACCCGCUGCAUGCAGCAGCAGCAACAGCAGCAGCAACAGCAGCAGCAAGAGCAGCACCAACAGCAGCACCAACAGCGGCGCCAGCAGCAGCAGCAGCAGCAGCAGCGCCAGCAGCAGCAACGCCCACAGCCACCCCAGCUCCCCCUCUCGCUGCACAUCGCAGCAGCAGCAGCAACAGCACCACCAGCACAAGCACCAGCAGCAGCAGCAGCAGCAACAGCAGCAGCAACAGCAGCAGCAGCAGCGAGGAGAGGGGCACAGAGUCCGCAGAAGCCGCAGCAACCAGCGGCAACUUGGAGCUGCCGCCGCUGAGCUCCCCGCCUGCAGCAGCAGCAGCAGCAGACGCAGCAGCAGCAGCAGGAUCCCCAGCAGCAGCAGCAGCAGCAGCAGCAGCUGAAGAAACAGCAACGAGCUCGGCCUCUCCCCUGCUGCUGCUGCUGCAGUGGACCCCCCUGCGCUGUGGCAGCACUCGCUGGACUCGCUGCGCUGCGCAAAGGUUUGGGGCUUGGGGCUUGGGGUUUGGGGUUUGGGGUUUGGGUGCAUCUGGGGGGCUUCUAAGGUCUAGGCGGGGCUCUCGGCCAACCGUGUUUAGGGUUUGGGGUGACUCGCCGAAUAGGGGAGUUGAGCUCUUUGCUGCCGGUCUCUUUUGUGUCUCUUUUGGGAGACAACUUUUACCCUUCAGGUGUACAGACACCUCAAGACAAAGAGUUCGAAAGUGUUUUCGAAGAGCCCUUCGGACACCCCGCCCUCAGACGCGUGGCCUUUUUUCCAAUUCUGGGAAACCACGACUACCAGCUUUCGCCCGACGCCCAAGUCGAGCACUUCUUCGCCGCCUGCCGCGGCUGCCGGGGCCCCCAGGACUUCAAUUCAGCAAAUGUCCGAUGGCGCUUUCCAAAUCCCUGGUACUACACGCGUCUGGUGUACAGACAGGUCCCGGUGCAUCUGCAGGAUUCUCCUUUCAAAAGGGGCUCCGUAACAGUGCGUCCAAACCGAGCCGGCGCGAGGUGUACGUACACCCGAAACCAGUUCAGUGA